AUGACUUCCUCUGGUAGCGGAAAAAACUGCGUCCCUAGAUUACCCAUCAGACCCGUUAAAAUGGAUAUCGAUCAUCUAACAAAUGAUACCAUCACCAACAAACCCUCAACAUCGCCAUCAUCACCAACAAAAAGAACAAAAUUAUCAACAACAACAGCAACAACAACAACAACAACAGCAAAUUCAUCUUCAUCUUCUUCAACUUCGCCAAAUAUCACCUCUCCAAUAUUUUCUCAACCCCAUCAACGCUCGUUCCAUACCGCUGGCCCAAUAUCCACGCCAUCUACUUGUUCGUCCGUGAUGACUAUCUCAGCAGCAACCACUUUCGAACCACCACUGACUCCUCCUUCUAAAAGAUCCUCCCUCCAUUUGAGACCUUCCACUUCAUCAACAUUCUUCUCGCCAGAAAAACGCCCAAUAACAUUGUCCCCAGAAAAGAAAUACUUUUCACCACAGCUGUACCCCCACCAACAACAAUAUCACUUGCCUAAUUCCCCAGCGGUUAAGAGAACGUCUACAGGACUACACAAGCUCAACUACCCUCUGACUCCCGAUAGAAGAAGUUUGGCUCUUGCCAACAGUCAGUUUGAAUUAGCCAGUCCUGGUCAAGCAACCUCGUCUCCCAUGUACACCACCGACGAAAUUCUCAAGUCGUCAGAAAAAUUACAGGAGAUUUCCUCCAACCUAAAGACGCGAUUGCUGUACGCGUUCUUGAAAGUUCAGAAUGGGUGGCAAGACAAAUCCCUUGAUCAAUUAGAAAACAAUCAAGCUGAUGACCAUUUGGAAAAUCCCGAUAGUGACCGUCCCCAUAAGAAAAGAACCACCGCCCUAGUGAGAAACAAGCAUAAAUCCUUGCCCACGUCAUUUUUCCAACAAGGAAAUUUCUUGAACCAGUUAACAGAAACUCCUGCUUCUCCUUCGUCUAAAAAUCAUUCCUCUUCAUUAAUGGAACCGUUCAAUACCACUCCAAAGUCCAAUAGAAAUCUGUCUUAUAAUAAUUCGAGAAUUAUGCUAAAAUCCAGCAGUAAUUCUGGCGGUCCUUGUUAUAAUUUCGAAGAAGAAGAUAACAUCCUUUCUGCCAAUGAUGCGUUUCUUGCCGCGAUUUCUCGUUCGUCGCCUCAAUCGCAAACCAUCGUCAAGCCUCGUCUCCAUGUUGUCUCGUCGUCGCGUUCUUUGAUGACUGAUGGCUUAUUAUCCAACUCCACCCCUUCUCCAUCAAGACCAUUGGCGGCUGAUGAUAAACACAAGGAACAAGAAGCGAUUCAGCUGUUGCUCCUGUUAUCGUCCCCAAUAUCAAAUAACAAAACUACACUUUCUGCCCCUAGCUCAUCCAAGAAACAACCGCCGUGGGACAAUGAUCCUCUGAAAGAUCAUCAGUACAAAAUUUCACCAACUCCGAAAAAGCACGCAACAACCAUUCCAAGAUUUAGGGAUGGAAACGAAACUGCGUCUCCUGAAUCAUCACGUCGAGGAUCAAGCUCGACCGAAGAAGAAGAAGGCACUGAUCCUGAAAAUGUCGAGAUGACUGAGGUUAAGAAAGAGGUUACCUGCGACCUCCGAGCCUCGCCAUCUGAAGAUUCUGCUUCAAUUUCUCAAAUCAAAGGUAAUGGCGAGCCUACUUCCACAACUGCUUAG